GCCGGCUGUGUGUGGUGUGCGGUGUUUGCGAGGAUUCUCAGAGUCAAUUCGCCAAGGAACCUCGGCAACGGCGGCGGGCGCCGGGUGGCAGAAGCGGGUUUCGGAUACCCUAAACCCCGCGGCGUCCCACUGUGGUUCGGGGGGCUGAAUGGGAAAUACUUGUUGCACUUGCUUUGCUGCGCUUCGCGGCUGUUGCAUUUUUUACAAAGGAAGCCAAGACCCUCCACCAGCAAAAAGAUUACAACGGGCUUUAUUGCAUUGCAUACACGUUUUACUGCUGUGGUCUGGAACCAAACCCGUAAUAUCUCCAAGCCGAGAAGGCCCAGUCCCACAGCGUUAAGGGAUCUGCCCAAGGUGCCUCACCUCGUGAGAGUUAGAGCCCAGGCCCCAGACUAUCAGCCUGCCACCAGGUGUAAAGGAGUGCCUGGUCAGAAUGGCUGCGAGAUGGUUUUACCUGACUGUCCUGGCGCUGUCGGCCCUGGGCUUGAUGUGCGUCCUGUUUACCGUCUACUGGAUGCAGAGCUGGCACGGUGGCUUUGCCUGGGACGGCACCAUAUUCACGUUCAACUGCCACCCGGUGCUCAUGGUGGCCGGCAUGGUGGUGCUCUACAGCGCUGCGUCCCUGGUGUACCGCCUGCCCCAGUCUUGGGUGGGCCCCAAGCUGCCCUGGAAAAUCGCCCACGCGUCCCUGCAUCUGAUGGCCUUCAUCCUGACCGUGCUGGGGUUGGUGGCCGUCUUUAAGUAUCAUAACACUCGCAAAAUCACCAACCUCUACUCGCUGCACAGCUGGUUGGGCAUCACCGCCGUGUUCCUCUUCGCCUGCCAGUGGUUCCUGGGCUUCGCCGUCUUCCUGCUGCCCUGGGCGUCCUUGUGGCUGCGCAGCCUCCUAAAACCUGUCCACGUCUUCUUCGGCGCCUCCAUCCUCUCACUGGCCAUUGCAUCUGUCAUCUCUGGCAUCAAUGAAAAGCUCUUCUUCAGCUUGAAGAACGCCACGAAGCCGUACUCCAGCCUGCCCGGCGAGGCUGUGUUCGCCAACAGCACCGGGCUGCUGGUGGUGAUCUUCGGGCUGCUGGUGCUCUACAUCCUCCAGGCUUCAUCUUGGAAACGCCCGGAGGUGGGCGUGACAACCGAAGGACAGCCCCUGUUGCAUGAAAGGGAGUGAAGCAGGAAGGGGCUCCCGGGAGCAGUCAGGGGUGCAGUCGGACUCCCCUCAGAAGCUCUGCUGUGCCUGGGCUCCCCUCUGGUCUUGUCAACAGACUUGCUUUGGGGCCCUGGGCCCCGACCUCUCCCUCCCUCCGUGUUGGGCCUGCUCUCUCCACCAACUCACUGUCCACGGCUUUUCUCGGGGGCUUUGGCUCCUGCACCCCUUCUCGGCGUUGGCUCCUGAAGUCCUCCACUUACACGGGCCCUUCUUGCCCUGGCUGCUCCCACCACUCCCGCUGUCUGGCUGAAGUCAAGCUGCUUUCCCCUGUAGGCCCCUGGGGAUGUGGCAGGGAAUCCCCGUGGCUCAGAGGAGCCGGACUCAAGUGCAAUCUGUGAAGUGGAAAGCGAGGGAGGUGACGCACCCCUCAGCUUCCUCGAGUGCGUGCAUCUCAUUUAGGCACCCAUGGGGGGCGGGGGUUGGGCUUCCUCAGCACUGUCACCUCCACCUGGCCCUCCCGGACUGAAGUGAGGCUGGGCGGGAAUGUCAGGUGACGGAAGGGGAAGGCAGAGCAGCUUCUGCAGAGGAGAAGCCAAGGCGCUGACUGCUCUUCUCCCGUCCCUGCCUUCUGUGUUUGAGCCGUGUAUCUCCACGCUUUCUAGCUGAGGCUGCAGCUGGGGCCUGGGUGCUGGCCUGUCCUUGUGGCUUACGUGCCUGUCUCCGUCAGGCAGCCCAGGGAGCCCCGGUAACCUGCUGUCCCCAGCAGCUGUCCCCACAGGGAUGGGUAGCAGGGUGCCCCAGACUCCCAUUACCCCCCCUUCCGAAUGAGGGUUCCCUGGGCAGGUUCAACCUUGCUCCCUUGGCAGGGCCCUCGCUAAGUUUCACACUCCAGCCCGCCAUGACACACGCCAGGGUGUGGCGCUUUGUACGCAGCGCAGCCUAGGAGCCGUGGCUGCCUUCAGAGGUGUUUUUCUGCUGAGCACCCGAGUGCCUCACCUGCCCCCCACCGUGGCUACUUGCAGGGCCAAACCCCAUCCCGGGCGCCACACUCGAGUGUGAGCUGCAGCUCUUUCCCGGGCGGAAGACGAGGAGUCUGGCUCCUCUCCUAUGUGUGGGUGCUGCGGCUUUUCCUGCCCCUUCCCCCCAGAUGAGUCCUGCUGGGUCUCGGGUGCCACGCUGGUGUGGUUAGGUCCCAGGCACCAUGACACCUGUGCUCACUCUCUGGCCGGUGGCAGCCCCACGCACAACCCCACACAGCCAGGUAGGUGCCGGCAGGGUGGCUGUGACUGAACCUCUCCAGUGACUGCCAGGUACCUCGGUCACAUGGUAGGUCACGUGGGUGGGCGUUUCACUGGUUUAUGAAGCCUGAUUUUCAUUAAAUGUGUUUUUAAGAAUCA